AUGGGUUCCCGACCUGAGCUAAAGGUGGACGAUGAAAAUGGCUUCGUCAAGACUUUUCAUCAGCUCGAAGCUGACAAGCCCGCUGGUACGCUCAGGAUCUUUGAUAGAGGCGACUUUCUAUCAGCCCACGGAGAUGAUGCAGACUACAUUGCCCGAACUCAAUACAGGACAACCUCCGUGCUGAAGACGCUGGGAAAGAACCCCGGACUACCUUCGGUCACCAUGACCGUCACGGUCUACCGUACAUUUCUCCGGGAAGCCAUCUUCAGGCUAGGAAAGCGAGUCGAGGUCCUUCAAACAUCAGGACGAGGCCAAUGGCAAGUCGCAAAGCAAGCGUCGCCUGGAAAUCUUCAAGACAUCGAGGAUGAUCUUGGUGGCCAUGUUGAGUCUGCUCCGAUCAUUCUCGCUGUCAAAGUCUCAGUAAAGGCGACCGAAGGCCGCAACGUUGGCGYAUGCUUUGCAGAUGCCAGCGUGCGAGAGCUUGGGGUGAGCGAAUUCGUCGAUAACGAUGUGUACUCCAACUUUGAGUCGCUCAUUAUCCAGCUUGGGGUGAAGGAAUGUCUUGUACAGAUGGACGCCACCAAGAAGGAUCCUGAGCUCAGCAAGCUGCGUGCCAUUGCGGAUAAUUGUAACUGUGUUGUUUCUGAGCUUCCAGCAGGAAGCUUUGGGAAUAAGGACAUCGAGCAAGAUAUCGCGCGCCUGCUUCGAGAUGAGAAUGCGAAGCUCCCGCAGACCGAUCUGAAGCUCGCGAUGAGCUCUGCGGGCGCCCUCAUCAAGUACCUUGGCAUCAUGUCUGAUUCGAGCAACUUCGGCGAGUAUAAGCUGUAUCAGCAUGACCUUUGCCAAUUCAYGAAGCUCGACUCUUCUGCAUUGAAAGCCCUGAAUCUCAUGCCUGGCCCUAGAGAUGGGUCGAAGACAAUGAACCUGUACGGUCUGCUAAACAACUGCAAGACGCCUGUUGGAAGUCGACUCCUGGCUCAGUGGCUAAAGCAGCCUCUCAUGGAUUUGGACGAGAUCGAAAAGCGACAAGCACUGGUGGAAGCGUUUGUCGAAGACACCGAGCUACGCCAAACCCUUCAAGAACAGCAUUUGAGAUCAAUACCCGAUUUGUACAGGCUCGCCAAGAAAUUCCAGCGGAAAAAGGCAACCCUGGAAGAUGUCGUCCGAGCAUACCAGGUAGCUAUUCGCUUGCCUGAAUUUCUUGGCACUUUUGAGGGAGUCAUGGACGAAGCACACAAGGACGCUCUUGACGCAUCAUACACGACCAAGCUGCAAGAGUACUCCAACAGCCUUUCACGGCUAGUUGAGAUGGUAGAGUCGACGGUGGAUCUGGACGCAAUAGACAACCAUGAGUACAUCAUCAAGCCCGAGUUCGACGACACUCUACGCGUCAUCCGGAAGAAGAUUGAUUCCAUCAGAUACAGCAUCGAGCGAGAGCAUGAAAGGGUCGGUGAUGACCUGGGACUUGAUACCGAGAAGAAGCUUUUGCUUGAGAACCACAAAAUCAAUGGCUGGUGUCUGCGUCUGACCCGGAACGAAGCCAGUGUGAUCCGGAAUAAAAGAGAAUACCAGGAGAUCGCCACCCAAAAGAACGGGACCUACUUUACUACCUUGAAGCUGAAAGACAUGAGCAGUGAGUUCACCAAGCUUACUGAGAGCUAUACCCGCACGCAGCUUGGUCUUGUUAGCGAGGUUGUCAACGUUGCGGCAUCAUAUUGCCCUGUGAUUGAGAAGCUCGCGGGCGUCUUGGCACACCUGGACGUGAUAGUUAGCUUUGCGCACGUCUCUGUUCAUGCUCCCAUCGCAUACAUUCGGCCCAAAAUACAUCCACGCGGGACUGGCAGCACGAUUCUCAAAGAGGCUMGUCACCCCUGCAUGGAGAUGCAGGAUGACAUCUCAUUCAUCACCAACGAUGUGUCCAUGAUUCGGGACGAGUCAGAAUUCCUCAUCAUCACUGGACCCAACAUGGGCGGCAAGUCCACAUAUAUUAGACAGAUAGGCGUCAUUGCCUUGAUGGCACAAGUGGGCUGCUUCGUUCCCUGCACUGAGGCAGAGCUCACGCUUUUCGACUGUAUCCUCGCUCGUGUUGGAGCAAGUGACAGCCAGCUCAAGGGCGUCAGUACUUUCAUGGCUGAAAUGCUGGAGACUAGCAACAUCCUCAAGACAGCCACCAAAGAGUCUCUGGUCAUCAUUGACGAACUCGGCCGAGGCACAAGCACCUACGACGGCUUCGGUCUGGCAUGGGCUAUCAGCGAGCACAUCGUCAAGGAGAUUGGAUCGUUUACCAUGUUCGCAACACACUUCCACGAGCUCACGGCCCUGGUCGAUACAUACCCGCAAGUGCAGAAUUUGCACGUUGUAGCGCACAUUGGCGAUGGCGAAGACACAACGAUGCAAGGCGACCCAAAUAACAACCGACGCCAAGAAGUUACUCUCCUAUACAAAGUCGAACCCGGUAUUAGUGAUCAAUCCUUCGGAAUACACGUCGCCGAGCUCGUCCGCUUUCCACAAAAGGUCAUCAACAUGGCGAAACGAAAGGCCGACGAACUCGAAGACUUCUCUGGCAAGCGCGAGGGUGUUAAAACGCAGGYCAGCAAGGACGAAGUUGAGCUCGGCAGUAAGAUGCUCAAGGAGGUUCUCACCGAGUGGAAGAAGCAGGUGGAAGCAGAGAACCUGGGCAAGGAGGAGCAGGUCCAACGCAUGAAAGACUUGGUGCAGGGGAACGAAGCGCUCAUGGCAAAUCCCUUCUUUCAGACUGUGAAGGCGCUCUGA